AUGUCCGACGACUACGACGACGACGACGACGACGAGUUCGGUGAUGGCGAGGAGGAGUACGACGGCCGUCGUCGUGCGGGUCUAGGGCGAGAUCGCGCCGACGACGACGACGACGAGUGGCGCGGACAGCCCCUGCCGCCCAACGCCGUCCAGAGGAACACGCCGCGCGGCCGAAGUCGGAGAUCAGGCCCCGCAUCCGCGGGCGGCACCACCGCGACCACCAACGACGCCCUCCGCGAUCCGUUUGCCGACGGAGCCGACACCACCACGCCCAACGACCGGGCCGAAUCGACGCCCCUCCUCGACGGGCGAGAACGGCGCCACCGCUCGUCGUACCUCUCGACGGCCUCGGCCUCGGCCGACGCCAGCACCGCCGUCGACGACCACGACCCCGACUUCGACCUCGACGACGCCGACGGCGCGCUGCUGGCCUCGGCGCUCUCGGCGGCCGAUCCGACGCCACCGACGAGCGGCGCGCCGGGCAGCAGCACGUUUUUGCAGUCCUGGUUCAACACCGUCAACGCCCUGGUCGGCGUGGGCAUCCUGGCGCUGCCCCUGGCCUUUUCCUACGCCGGCUGGAUCGGCGGCGCGGGCCUUUUCCUCGUGUGCGGCGCCCUGACAAACUACACGGGCAAGGUGCUGGCGGCCAUCAUGGCGCGCGAGCCGUCGCUGCGCACCUAUGCCGACAUUGGCAGCUACGCCUUUGGCCCUCGCGCCCGCUGGCUCGUCAGCCUGUUUUUCUGCCUCGAGCUGUGGGCCGUCAGCGUGGCCUUGAUCAUCCUGUUUGGCGACAGCAUGGCCGCCAUCGUCCCCGCGCUGCCCUCGGCGGCCUUCAAGGCCGUCGGCCUGGCAAUCGUGCUGCCCACCGUCUUUCUGCCGCUGCGCUGGCUCAGCCCCAUCUCGGUCGUCGGCAUCGUCUCGACCGUGACGCUCGUCGUCGUCGUCGUCGCCGACGGCCUCUACAAGCGCCACUCGCCCGGCAGCAUCCUCGACCCGGCGCCCUCGACCAGCCUGGGCCCGCAGUGGCGCCGCGUGCCCCUGUCGUUCGGCCUCAUCAUGUCGGGCUUCUCGAGCCACCCCGUCAUCCCGUCGCUCGUCAACGACAUGCGCGACCCGCGCCAGUUUCCGCGCAUGCUCAACCUCGCCUACCUCGCCGCCACGCUCCUCUACCUCGCCAUGGGCAUGGCCGGCUACGCCAUGUUCGGCCGCGCCGUCUCCGACGAGAUCACGCGCGACCUCGCCGCCACGCCCGGCUUCCCCGUCUGGCUCAACCGCGCCGCCAUCUGGCUCAUUGUCGUCAACCCGCUCGCCAAGUUUGCCCUCGCUUCGCGCCCCAUCCAGGUCACCUUUGAGACGCUCCUCGGACUCGACGGCGUGCCCAGCCCGGCGGCGGCGGCGGCGGCGGCCGGACGGCGCAACCGCAUCCUGCAGCCCCUCUUGCGCACGCUCUUGACGCUCCUCAUCACGGCGACGGCCAUCGUCCUGCCGGGCUUCGAGAAGGUCAUGGCCUUUCUCGGCGCGUUCCUCGCGUUUGCCACGUGCAUCCUCGGCCCGCUGCUGGCCAACUUUGCCCUGUUUGGCGCCGAGCUGCCGCGCUGGCGCGUCGUCGUCGACCUCGUCGUACUCGCCCUCAGCGCCGUACUCGCCGCCCUCGGCACCGUCUGGGCCUUUCUCCCCAUGUAG